CUUUUCGUAAUAGGGUGUCUCCACAUCUACAACAAAUAAGCACCGGUUUUGUAAACAACGAAUGUUCACUUACAGCAGUAUUCAUAGCAGGGGCCACCAAGAUCCGCUUCCUCCUCAGCUCUCCCCCAGAAGCUGCCUGUUCUACAAGCCCACUAGCAUCCCAAGCCCUCACCACACUCGUAAGCAGAUUAUCUGCCAUGCCACCCACAACCUUCGCCAUGGUAUUUGCACUCAGGGGCGCAAUGACCAAAAUAUCCGCCCAUCGUCUGAGUUCGAUGUGUAGAACUCCUCCACCCCGUUUCCAAGGAUGUACCCACUCGUCUUUGUCUAGGAAAAUGCCAUCGACGUUUGGGAUAUCGCGGAGGGAUUGGAGGGUUGGUUGUUCAGAGCUUUGACCAGCUAGAAAGUUGGUGGCUGAAUUUGUGAGGAUGAGGAGGAUGGAGAGGGAUGGAUGGUGGGAGAGAGCUUGGAGGAUGAGAGGGAUUUUUAUGGUUGCUACGGAGCCUGAUGCUGCAAGGAGGAGAUGCUUCUUUCCAUCGUUAUGGGUGGCUGCUGUGAAUGGUGGAUUUUGGGUGAGAGUUUGUUCCAUUUUAGUUUUUACUCCAAAGGAACAAGAGGAGGGGAAUUCAAGGUGGAUGUUGAAGAAUCAUUUUUCCUGAUGAAAAGUUGUGAAGUCUGGAGAAGAGGGGAGAAACAAUGAGGUCAGUCGGGUAUUUUUCGGAUAUUCAGCCUUGCAAUUACAAAUUGCUGAUUGGUCAGCUUACAAUUACCAACAACCUGGUCGGCCUCGCAUCAUUGCGCAUUUGCAUUUUGAAGGUUGGAGGCAGAAGCUAUCUCUAGCUUCACCUUUGAAUUCCUGUACAAUAACAAUACCCAACAACCCUCCAAAAUGUUGACAAGACCACUCUUCUCGUCGGUAAGUUAAUACCUGUUCCUCUAUCAUCAAAAAAACUAAUAAAACAACAGGCAUUCCGACUCGCCUCCCGACCAGUUCGAUCUACCCCAUUAACAGCCUCCAAAUUCCAAGUCCAACCCUCAAUUUCGCCACUCCUCUCACGCUUUCUCUCAACUGAAACCAGAGCCGCAAUUGAUAAAGCUGUCUCCAUGACCCCAGUUGUUCUCUUCAUGAAGGGUACACCUGAAAUGCCCGCUUGUGGAUUCUCAAAGGCGACGAUACAAGUUCUUGGCUUGCAGGGCGUGGAUCCAAAUAAGUUUACUGCUUUCAAUGUUUUGGAGGAUGAUGAUUUGAGAGCUGGUAUGUCUUUUCAUUACUCAGAGAAAGAACAUCUGCCACGCCUUACAUAUCUGCCGCGCUUUAUGAUCUUCUAUCAAAAUGGAUUUAGAAUUGGCUACGCUUUCAAAAAUAUAACCGCUAAUACUCAACACAGGAAUCAAAGAAUACUCUGAAUGGCCAACAAUCCCACAACUCUACGUCAACAAAGAAUUCGUUGGAGGCUGCGAUAUCAUCGUCCAGAUGUAUAAGAGCGGAGAGUUGGCAAAGAUGCUGGAGGAGAAGAACGUUCUUGUCCCUCUUGAAGAGGGCGGCGAGAGUAAAUAAGUUAGAUACCUACACCUAUACCUACACCCGCGACGAAGAAUACCAACGACGAAGACGUUGUAGGAUACGAAGAAAACAUAAUGAAUGUAAAACAUUACGAACACACUCAAAUCCUGAGACUGCAGCUGGACUAGAGUGGUGUAUGUGACUUCAGUGGCAAGAAAAGUUUUUUUGUCAAAGAAGGAAAGGUUCGAUGGUAAGUUCAUUCCAGAUGGUAUCUAAGUGCAGUCUACUUCUACACGAAACUUCCAAACACAUCUACUACUCUCACCACAAUCAUCGCCUUUUCCAACCCAAACACAACCACAUCAACUCCCACAACUUACUCCUAACUCAACAACCUCUUCUCCCUCACAUCUCCACACAACACCUCCCUUUCUC